AAGGGGGAUUAAGUAAAAAAAGGACAUGUCGAAUAAAAGAAUGGAUGAUUUAGGGAAGGAAAUGAGAAUGAGACAGGAAUUGAGAGAAAUUGAAAUCACGCUCUCUCUCUGUCCGCUGGAGAUGUACCUCUGGUUGGCAUGACGACCACGGAUGUGCGGCUGGAGGGAGUCGAUAUGGUUGCGUAUGCGUGUUUGCUGACACUUUAAGGAUGCAGCUGCGUUUUUUUUAAACAGUAGUGGAGAUAAAACAUGUGAAAUUACACACAUAGCGUACAAUUGCAACCAGACAAGAAAAGAACCCACCUCCCAUGAAGGUGGCAAUUACUAUAUUAAUCGGCUGAAGCGCCUUGAAAUCAAACGCGUCCUGGCGACUUGGUUUCAAUUGUGCCCAACACAAAUGAUCAGGCAGCAGCUCCAAGCAAUCGUCUCGCUCGAUGAGUGGAAUCUGGAACGGCACAUUAGGAGCGUCACGUGACAAAGCAAGACGUAAGAAAAUAAUCUGCUUUCAUGCUAAAUAGUUUAUUUGAAUUGUUACCAGGGAUGUUUGGAGUUCAUUUCCAUGCACACAUAUGCAGACAGCGUUAAGCCAUCAGCAGAAGGUGACCCCCCCUCACCCAAACCAAAGGCCCCUUUUGCGGUUUCGGCCCCACGGUCAAAGUCCACUUUUGGCGGGACGAGAGGAUCGCAGGAACCGGUCCACUUGUUUAUGAAGCGCUCUGAUGAACACAGCUUGAAAACAUGUUGUUGUCCAAAGCCUUGGAGGUGGUUGCUGUGAAGCACACGAAGAAAAAAAACAGAAACAGAGGGCUCUGACUAAGUCAUCACACCCCGGUGUCGGUCUGACUCAGAGAGGUUAGCGCCAAGCUGUCCGACAUCGUCAAUAAGCCAGAAAACGAUGGACGAAUCUCGGGCUUUUGCUGCACUGUACUGUGUGUAAAAUUCACUUUGUGUGGAAAAACUAAAAAACGAAAUAAAAAGCAAAAGAUGCAUUUGUGUAUAAGUGGGAGGAGGAAUAACGUUGGUUGUUUCUUCGCCUUCGGGGGGGGGGGCGAGGCGCGCCGGAGCAAACAGUCUGCCUCUGAAAGCCAUGGAAACGUAUUACACUCCACAGCCUGCUGCGGCGUGAAUGUUUACGGUUGUUUUGUGCAGUUCGGCUGGAAAGCAUGUUUACUGCCCGGCCCGUCUGUUCCUCGCUGUUGGAGUUUAAACUGCAUUUUUUAACUUUUUUUUUUGCUCUGUUUCAGUUUGAAUGAUUUUGUGUCUCUCGUUCGCCUUUUGUGUUUACACGGAGAGAGCCGUGCUUCCUUUUCCCCUCCUCAGUCUCAAAGGUCCUUAAGUGAACUUUGUCACCUUUCCUGUCAAAUCCCCACGACGGACCAAACGAGGCCACGCUACACAGGAGCAUUUCUUGUGAUUACCUCCUUUAAAACGCGCUCACCAUGGAGCAACCGGCGAGGAUGCAUGAGUGGGAGUCCCCAGAUUACGAGCCGUCACUUCCCGUUUCAGAGAAGUCCAACCCCCUGACACGGGACAUGGACCGGGCUUCGGCCAAGUGCAUUGUGAGGAUGCUGCAGGCCUGCGACGCCCAGAUGUUUCAGGACGGGACGGGAACCACCUACCAGAGGCUUUUGAGUGAACCCGUGCUGGAAACAUUGACGGAGGUUGCUAAGAAAGUGGAGCACAUCCUCAAGCAUCCGCGGGACAGUCUCAUUGUGCUGAGUGGUUGUGGGACGUCUGGUCGACUGGCGUUCCUCAUGGCGUCCGCUUUUAACAGAGCGCUGAGGGAGCUCGACCACGGUUUGGUUUAUUCCUACAUUAUUGCAGGAGGAGACAGAGCGCUGCUAUCCUCCCAAGAGGCUCCUGAAGAUGACGCUGAACUGGGCGUGCUCAGUUUGCAGAGGGCAUGUGAGGGACAGAAGAGUGUCUUGUUCAUCGGUAUUUCCUGCGGGUUAUCUGCCCCAUUUGUUGCAGGUCAGCUGGACUUCUGCCUGCAGCACCCUGAAGUCUACACCCCUGUACUGGUUGGCUUCAAUCCUACACAUCAGGCCAGGGACGAGCGCAUUCCAGGCUGCUCGUUCACCUUUCGCAGCGUGGUCCAAAGGAUGCAGGAGCUCGCCAAGCGGGGGGGGGCCUUCGUCGUCAACCCAGCGGUCGGGCCAGAAGCCAUCAGCGGCUCGUCCAGGAUGAAGGGGGGCAGCGCCACUAAGAUUCUCCUGGAGGCCGUGCUGUCUGCUGCCCACGCCGCCGCCUUCGCGGACACACCCAUCACUCCCAUGGGCAUCCGAGAGGACAUGAGUGUACACGAGAAAACUCUGGAGAUCACUUAUGCUCAAGCAAAGGGGAUCGGCGCUCUGCUGGAGGCAGCCGGUCAAAGCUUGCGGCGGGGCGGGCGUCUGUGUUACCUGGGCUGGGGGUCCUUGGGGACGCUGGGCCUGGUGGACGCCAGCGAGUGUGUGCCCACGUUCGGAGCAGGCUGCGAAGAUGUUCGGGGCUUCAUCAGUGGAGGAUACAGAGCGCUGAACAACAAUGAAGGUCCACUGGGUCCCGACUUCAGUAUAGCCCACCAGGAUUUCUUGCAUCAGGUCCUGCCCUCUCUCACUGACCGAGACGUAGUCCUGCUUCUCUACACACACGCAGACCGUGUCGGGGAAGUGGCCGAGCUGGCACGCGCGGCGAGGGAAAAGACGUCCAACGUCCACGCCGUUUACCACCGGGUUGACGGAGACACGGCAGCCGCUGUCCAACAAGAUGAAAUCAACAGGCUGUGUUUAUCUUCACUGAAAUUCACUUGGCCGUCGCCUGCUUCAGGCAUCUCACCACACAGGCAGUGGGAGCUGUCCACGAAGCUGGUGCUGAACGCAGUGAGCACCGGCGCUCACGUCUUGAAGGGGAAGAUCUACCAGAACUACAUGGUGGACGUGCAGGUCACCAACAGCAAACUCUACCGCAGAGCCACGCGUUUACUCCAGAAGCUCUCCGGUUGUCCGGAGUCCCGGUGUGAGGAGGCCCUCCUAAAGGCCGUCUACCGGGUGGAUGAGCUGACGGCGGACAUCACGUCCUCCGACAUCAUCGAGCACGCCCAAGCCGCCAGGAGCGCCACCAAGGCGGUCCCUCUGGCUUUGGUCUGUUUGCUGAGCGAUUGCUCUCUCCUGGAGGCGGGGACUCGUCUGGAGCGAGAGCCAAUCGUGAGGGAGGCGUUGGAGGCGUGCCUGUCAUAAUGGACAUGGCCUAAUGGCAUCAGUACAAAUGUCCAUGUAAUCAACCUUCCUCUACAGUGAGGUCAUACGUCAGCAGAUGAAGCUGUUGGCACACGUAGAGGCCUUAAAUGCAACACCAUGAUGUAACACUAGAGGGCACACUUGACAACUCAACUCAAGUGACCAUUAUGUAGGUAUGCAAUGUUAGUUUAGAGUGUGCAGUACAUGAAAUGUGUAUGGAUUAAUUUGAUGCACUUUUUAAAUGAUAAUAUGUAAUUGGAACUCUAUUUAAAUGUCUAUUGCUGAUAUGCAGAACACAGCACACAGGGAGAACCUGUGUGCUGUGUUCUGCAGGUACAGGCUCUACCGGAUCGGUCCCUGUGAUGUAAAUCACCCUCAAUCCCUCUGUGGCUCAGCACACACGCACACACUCACAGGUACGGGAUUAGCAUGACGCCUGUGUAUCUUGAGAGCAGUUGAGCAGCUUUGCAAACCUUUGGAGCAGAGCCACUCGCAGCGGGGGGAGCAAAGGGAGGUGAAUUGCACAUCAGAUGUGGAUCAGGGAGCACAUCGUUGCCACUCCUGGCUAGGAACACGAGAAUCCUCUUUCUGUGCAUGUGUUUAUUCACAUUGACAUUAUUACAUCCAUUCGCUCGAGGUACAUGAUGUUCACUUGGUGACGUCACAGACUGAUUGACAGGCCGAACGGACUGAUAGCAGCAUACAGGCACACACCCUCUCGGUACCACAUACAGGAGGAUUUUGUCAAGGUUUAAGGAGUGAGCCUGGGAUUCAGCUCCCUCAGCGGGUUAAACAGGAGAAAUUAUUAUUUUUUCAGUAUUUUUUGCGGAUUUGAUCCACAACUCGGUUAUAGAGAGAGAGAGAGUCAGGUAACAAAAGACUCCCCCUCCGUCGAUCUACAGUCACGUAACCAUGGCUACAGUAAGGCCUCGGCCUCACGUUGUCAAACCACACUGUUGGUCACGCACACCUUUUUUACUAUAGCAACAGAGUUUACAAAAUUUUGCAACAGCAAACUGAAUAAAAUAAGACAUUAUUUUAUAGAUGGUUUAAGUAGAGUUGAUGAAUUGUAUAUCCAUCGAUAAAGCUACUAAAAUUCAGCGCAAAAUCUAUUUUUCCCUGAACAGUUUGGAGUGGAAAGUGAACCAAAAGUAACUUCGUGGACAGAUCAAGUUCCAAUUUUUGUGCUAAGCUAACGGCUUCCUCGCUUUAACCUCAUACUUGUUGAACCUCUCUGCCCCGCUCUCAACCGAAAAAUGUCAAACUACUUUAAGGUGAUCAGGUUACUUCACAAAGCUUUAGUUUAAGCAGCGGGCUUCAUUAGGGACAACAGAUUUAAAGUGCUGGUUAGAUAACAGCUAGGAGGGGACCUUCCUAAUCUCAGAGAAUUAGACCAAGAAUAUACACAAAUAAUUGAACUGAUAGUAUCAAUACGCUGAAACAGGCCAUUACCAUCUAACAUAUCCCUGAGGUAAAUUGCUAUAUGAUUCAAUAAACCUGUGGUCCACUGAGUUCACAUAAUACACA